AAAUAACUAAAGUUUUAAUAGAAGAGGUUCCAAUAGUAAGGGAAUACCUCUAGGAUUUUUGGAAGGAGUUGAAGGGGUAGUACGAGGAUUCUACUACUAGGCAGCAAGGAGAGGAUCUAAUAAGCAAAAGCAAACAAAUAGGAGAACUAUGAAUCUCCGAAGAAAGAUCUACAAUCACUAGAUGAAUGUAGCUAUAAUGAUUAGAGGAUUUCAGGGUUCUUGACCCUAAGCAGUGGCGAGGAGGCAACAAGUCAAGAAAAGAAGAGGUACCACAAGAAGUCCCUCAACUAGCUUUAGUUGUCGACGACUUGACGCUAUUACAACAUAGUGACAAGGAGCAGUGAAAAGCUUAGACUUAAAGAAAAGCAAGGGUAGUAUAAAUGAAGCAAAGGAGGAAAUAAGUAGGUUAUGGGGAGUAUGAAAGGACGUCAACAAGUCAAAAUGGUCAAGGAGGAGAUGAGUCAGGGUCAUUUACAUAAUGACGAUAAAGGAACCCUUGUAGAUAAACUACGUCACUAGAAAAGAGGUUACAUGACCCUGGGUAGUUAGGCAGAUAACAAGCCUUUAAAAGGAACAAGACAAGCAACGAGAUAAAUGAUGUAGAGGUUGAGGUUAGAUCAGGCAUGCUAUACACCUGUCAAGCGCAAGCUAGAGGGCAAGGUAUGAGAAGGGGUUGAGAGACCCUGCAAAUUACCAUGAUCAAGGAGAAUCAUAAAAUCGUGGAAUUCCAAGGAAUCCAUUGGGAAAGUCUAAAGUGGGAACUAGAGGGCCAAGAGCGAGAGUCUCGGAACCAGCCGUAGGAGUAAAUCAUUCAAUCAACCGGGUAUAGACAAGCAAGUACAACGUUCAUUAGAAGUUCUAAUGAAAGUUGGAGAAUUCAAGGAAGAGUCUAAACGGUCGUAAUGAAGAGAGUUUGCAAACAAUACCAAGGAAGAGAAAAAAGGCCAGAGGGAGUUUGACGAGAUUUCAAGAAGUCAAUGGGUCAAGUCUCAGGUGACUCGAGGUCAAGAAGCUGCACAAAGAGGUACGAUGAGGGAAAGCAUUACCGAGUAGGAGGAAAAAGAGAAGUUACCUUAUCCAAGGUGCCCCACUCUGAGUGGGCGCGGCAUAGUAGGAGGGCUCCAGAGGAGACAACUAGUUAAGGAUGAAACAGGCACGCUUAGUUAAGCCACUAAGAAUUCUAACUAAGAGACUAAGUGUAGGUACAAGAUCGAUCAACAAUAGGGACAUGGAAUGAGUUAUGUUAAAGGUUACCAAGGGCAAGCCACCAUUGGAAGUUGUGACCUAAAACAACAACGAGAAGAUACUCAACAGAGUUUGGUGACCGAAUAUUGUACAAAGCAUCAACAGAAGGGUAGUAAAAGUAAAGAAGCAAGGAGAACACCAUAGGACGCUAUAGGAAAUAAAAUAAAAAAAGGUGGUUGUCGAGCGGACAAUGAAUGCGUGAAGGAAGAUAGUUGGGACGUGGUCAAGCACCAUCGUGAGUAGAAGUCGUGAGUGCCAUCUGGAAAGUCUACCUAGAGAAAGUUUCUAGUGGAAAUGUUCGCUCUGAGGUAUGGUGAGGAGCUACUAAACUGAGUAGAUCAAAGCUAGUACCAAGCAUCGAUGAAGGAGUUGUGGAAGUAAGGAGGAAAUCACAAGCUAUAAUGAAAGUUAUGGUGAAAAGGGUGGUAGUUGAUAAACCAUCAAAUUCAGGGAGAAAGAUAGUUAGGAAGAGCCAGCGAAAGAAUACGAAGGUCAACAAGGAGGCAUUAAGGUAAUGGCCAGUGGAGAAUAAGUUGAACCAUAGGAAGCCCAGCAAAAACGGAGAAGCUCAAUGGUCAACUUUAAAGUAGAAGUGUGGUGGUUCAGAACGGUCAAAGGGAAAACCUUAUCGGUCAAGGUACAUAAGUGAGAAGGGGCACCAAGAUGACCACAUCGAGGACGAGGGACAUAUAGAACUAGCGAGAAACAUCGGUAAGAGGAGUCACGAGUAAGGAAGUAAGAUGGAUACGAGUUUAGCGAACCUGCUAGGAUACCCUAAAGUGAAAGCAAUACCACCUAUGAGUGUGAAAUGUGGCGACCUCUCGAGUGAGAACUUCUUAGAUGGGGAAACUGUACGUGGAAUUUCAGGCGAGGUCUAAGAACAAUAGAAGAGAUCGUACGAGAACUCCCAAGUCAAACAGUGAUAAGGAAGUUUUAAGUUAGGUGCCAUGAGUGAAAAAGUACUCAAAAUGGAAGGUCAUGAUUCUGGAAAGAAGUCAUAAAAUUGAUCGCAAACUAGGAAAGGAUGCAAAGGAUGCCGCUAAUGCAUACAGAAAGUGAAAGCAGUAGUAUGAGAUUUUAGAGUUAAGCAAGAAGUAACGAUGAGAUGACCACUCAGGUUAGGGUUAAAGGAUAAGACGAAGCAUCAAAGAAGAAAUUAAGAGAUACAAAGUCAGGAGGUACAACGUCCUAUGUCACCUAUGAGGUCAACCGCAGACGAGAGUUACGUUAAAAGAGUUUUACCACCUUACUAGAUGGAGGAUAAGCCGCCAUCAGUGACCUUGGGGUUGGAGAGGGGCAUUAACUUCUCACAUACCGAACAAUGGAUAGUUAUCGUUCCUAUAUAUGUACAACGUGCAACCGAGGUAAUGUGAGGGGUUAAGAAGCCACAACAACAUUGAAGUUGCAGGGAAUGGAGAGAAGGAUUUUAGGUCAUGUCGCAUAAGUUAAAGGAAAUAAAAAUCCGCGACGUGAAAAGGAUUACCACAAGCGAUGCUUAGGGUAAUCACAGUGGACCAAUUUCGAGCGCGAAAUUUCUAUAAGUGGGGAGGAAAUGUGAUACCUCGACUUUGAUAGGUUCAACAUCAAGUACUGAAUCAGUUGGACCAAAUAAAUUGAGCCGAAAUUUUGUCCCAUCACACCCUGGCCCCAAGUUGGAAAAUUGUAAAAAGGGCAAUGAGUCACUCAAACCUAUUCGAUGCUACCAAGCUAGAUGAGAAUAUAUGUUAUGUUUAAGAGUACAUAUAAGAACUAAAGUAAGCUAUUCAAGACAAGGUAAGGGCACGCCAUUGAAGUUCAUAUAGAAAGAGUGAAAUCUUGAGCCAAAGAAGCACGAGAAUGAGGAGUAUGAAAGGAUGAGCCCAAUCAAAUUUUGGGGACGAAAUUUUUAUAAGGGGGGAGGAAAUGUAACACCCCAUUUUCAGGUUAAGAUUCGAUUAAGGUUCGACCGACAGUUUGGAUCGACGGUUGCAUACAAAGAGUUACAACCUCAGAUUAGGGAUAAUAAUAAUAAUAAUAAUAAUAAUAAUAAUAAUAAUAAUAAUUAUAUGAUUAUUAUUAUUAUUAUUCAGGAAAAAGAAAAUAACCUAAUCCAACCGGCCACACUUCUCCAUCGUCAAUUAUUAGUCUAGGUCUGGGGGAAAAUUCUAGGUUUAGCGAACUCUUCACCAUGGAUCUUUGGCUGAGGUCUCUCAAAAGCAAGGUGAUCCAGGACGGGCUCUGUUUCCCAUUGCUGAUCGACAUCACGGAGGAGGCAGGACUGCAUGUGCCCAACUGCUUCUCCACCCUCCCGGACGAGCUCAAGCUCGGGAUCAUGGCGCGGCUGCCAGCGAAGGCUCUGACGAGGAUGGAAUGCGUGUGUGCUGGCCUCCAGAGCCUGUCUGCGUCUAGCAAUCAGAUGUGGGAGGGUACUGCCAGGUGUUCGGCAAGGUCGUGGUGGCGGAAGCAAGGUCGAGUUCUUCGGUGGACAAGAAUUGGAAGAAGCGGUUCACUAGGAGAGCGGAGAGGAAGAGGAAGCUUUCCAUAGAACAAGAAAGAAGGGCAGGGGUUCGAUGAAAUUACUGGGGGGAACGAUGGCAACAUCGUCCUUGUCGGCCUGUGAAAUGGAAUUGGAAGUGUGUUGACUAGGACUUUAGGUAAUCCUCUAGGAAUUCUGGCAAGGCAAUUGGGGCAUACUUUACACAAGGUGACUGAUAAGUGUCCUCUUUAUGCACCUGAUGGGGAGCAGUUGAUCUAGAUACAAACAUGAUGGUCAAGGCAGCAUUUAAUCGAUUGUUGGAAUAAGGAAAUGCGAGAGUGCCAAUCGACUCACAGAGGUGGGAAUUGCGCAUCAUAGUUCCUUUGCUCUUUUAUCUCUUUUAAUGGGCGCCUUUUUGUCGGCCUUAAUGGCUGUUUGGUUGCUGAGGUAGUUUACCCACGUAUGCAUGGUAGCUAAGAAUUGUCUCUAAACUUGGUACAAGAUUUUUCUCAUCAAAAGGAUUGAAAAACCAGAGAGAUGAUGAUGGAUAAUCAGGUGCCGCCACCUGCAGCAUCGCCAACUUAAGAUAGUGGUGGAGAAUUGAAAGAGUUGUUCGGUGGAAUUGGACAAGUUGGAAUUUCAAGGAGGGAUGAACUCAAGGAGAUCGACACUUUUCAUGGUGGUUGGUUCUAGUUAAUUGACACGAUAUCAAGGUGAGUGUAAAGGGUGUAAAUUCUAUGCCUUACGUAUUUAAGUCAAGAUUUGAGCUUUAAAAGAGAAGAGUAACUUCAACUCCCUUAAAGUUUAAGAGUUAAGGUUUUAAGAUUGGAAGUACAAACAACUUCCACCAGUUAAGUGUUUAAGUAAAGUACUCAAGUAUUAGAAGUAUUAAAAACGUAAGGGCGUAGACUGGCCCCAUCUCACUCACCAAGACUUAGUAAAGGAAUAAGCGAGAACUAGAUCGAUAGUUGCAGCUAGAGGAGCAGUUGGAGAGCAGCGAGAUCGAGAGAAACAGUUCGAGGGAAGCUAGCUAGAGGAGGACGGUACAAGCGUCACAAAUGAUGUCUAGUCAGAGUUUCACACAAGCAGCAGCAAUUGAGACGAAUUAGUUAUGAUAUUUUAUGAUUAUGAGUAUAGACUGGAGAUCAAGUUGAGUUUUUAAAGUUUGUGUUUAAUUUGCCCACAUGUUAGGGCUUUACUUUGAACUACAAGUGUGUGUUUUCGGUAUUUUAUUUAUCAAAAUUUUUCCCAGUUGCAAUUUAAGAUUUGAGUAUUUUAUUUAUCAAGGGCAUUUUAGUAAAAGUAGUACCCGGCCGGGUUAGGAUGUUUCAGUGGUUAUAAGAAAGUCCUCAUACCACAACGACCUGCCAUUUCUGUUUGGAUAUCGAUACACCAUACGGUUAACUCUUCUCGUGCCAUCCAUGCAAGUAACCUCAGUACACAUUUGACGAAGCUAUUCAAGGUUCAGUCUCGUAGCGACCUUCACUUUAUGAAAGUACCACUAACGUAAUGUACCCCCUUUUCGGUCUCUUUCAUAUAACCAUUCCACUAUAACCCAAGUGUGAACUUUUGAAAUGCCAUCUGCUAUAAAAUCGUAACUAAAAGUAAUAAAAACCCAAACUUACGAAGUAACCUUAAUCGCAAAUACUCAAAAAUUAAUAUGCACAACAUAAAUUUGAAGAAGAAUAAGGAGAGGGUACAAGGGUGAGGAGCUAAUGUUCUCGGAGCUACUUUUUAUAGGCAAAAUUUUACUACAAACCACCGGGGGAGGGGGCGGUUUUAGUCUACCAUGCAGCCCCACGUCGUCUGCACCCGUGCAUGCAUGCACAUGUCGGAGGGAAUGGGGACGACACACAAAACUUUGGGGAAGGGGGCAGUUUGUGUGUCGACACAGUGAAAACCGCAUGCUGAAGGAGUGGUUUCAGUUGUCGACUUAUAACCACUCCUUCAAAAAGAGGUUUGUUGAAAAGCAGCCAAUGAAACUCCUUUCUAGGGCGCGGUUUAAGAAAAACAAUUAAAACAC